GGCAAAGUUUAACUAACUUCUUCACUAUUGUGUUCAGUCUUUUCAUGUAAAAGACGUUUCGCAGGUUGGAUUUUGACAGUUCCUGCAAAUUUGACGGUUCAUCAUCGUCUCACGCCCAAAUGAGAUGAUCGCACACACAUCACGCCAGGGGAAUUUCAGGAAAAGUGUUAACAUUUAAGAGAGGUAUUUCAUCAGCGUUCACGCCUUGUCACUUCUUUGUUUAUUCAUGACUGCUAACCGAAUUUUCGCACUCCAACUUUGUCCUAAAGGGAUUGAAUUUUAUCACGUUUGCGCCUUUUGAUUUGGCGCGAUUUCUUUUUUUCGAGAUUUUUUUGGGCUUCAGAAGAUUAUGAUGGGAGAUGAAUUUCAGCAUGCGGCUGCAGCAACAGACACGACUAACUUUCUAAAGACAGAACCAGAAGAAAAUAUUUGCGUUUCUGAAGAUGAGAAUCUUAAUGGUGAAUCAACAGAUAAUAUCGUCGAUAAAUCAGCAGAUUCCCAAAAUAAAACGAAAUUUGAAUUAUGCGAGAUCAAGUCAAAUCUAGAGAAUUGUGAUGAAAACAGACAGUCUGAGUCACUACAGAGGAAUGGACAUGGGAACACCGAACAGUCAUACAGUUUACACGAUUUUGGAACCCAUCAUGAUUUGCAUGGGAAUUUACAGAGGUAUUGUCCUCUGUCAUCUCUCCAAAACCAGCCUCAGCAACCGGCAAAUUUACCGCACUACCUGUUGAAUACUUGCACGGUAUCCAACUUCACUGGAAUUCCCACCCCGCCACCCGCCACUUCGCACAGUCAACAACAGGUGAUUCAAAGGACGUCGCCUUUCAUAGAUGGGUUCCAGCACCUGUCGGGAACACACCAAACCCACCAGCAAAUAUCCGAAAUCGGUACCCCAUCAGGAAAUAGCAAUGCACUGAUCCACCAUCUCCAUGACACCAAUGAGUUUUCAAGUCACGACACAACCGCAUCGGGCCGUUGCAGUGCAGAUGAAAAAUCCUCAAUGCCGAUCUGUGCAAGCCACGAUCCUAUUCACCAAAGGUUGCUACAACAGCCACAACAGUUGCAGGAAUUCGACAUGAAGAAAGAACUUGAACAUAACGAUGUCCAAGUACCACCAUUCUUUGUUGAAAACAAACCACCAAUACUUCAGACGACCAGUGCUCCACCACAUCAGCUAAUUGGCGCCUCUUUGGUUCCGCCAUCACCCCAUACCUUCGGUCACCUCCCAAAUGGCGCCUCGCAGGACCACGAGGACGAACAUGCGAAGGGUGUCGUUCCGAACCAUGUCGUCAGCCAGCCAUACCCUCCACCAGCGGGUCACCAGCACGUCGAGGUCGCCAACGGGCCAGGGAAGGCGUCAGUUUACCUCUGCAACCGCGACCUGUGGCGGAAAUUCCAUCAGCAUAAUACGGAGAUGAUUAUCACAAAACAAGGAAGGCGCAUGUUUCCACAGCUCGUGUUCAAGCUUACCGGUCUCAAUCCUACCUCACAAUACAACGUCUUUGUUGAUCUGGUGUUGUGUGAUCCGAACCAGUGGAAGUUCCAGUGUGGUAAAUGGAUGCCGUGUGGACAGGCCGAGAACAUACCAAAAGUAAGCAACAUCUAUCUUCACCCUGAUUCGCCAAGUAAUGGACUACAUUGGAUGCAUCAGGACAUCGUAUUCAGUAAACUCAAACUGACCAAUCAUCGGGGAAAAGACAAUGGAUUUGUGAUUUUAAACUCAAUGCACAAAUAUCAGCCUCGGAUUCAUGUCGUUGAGUUGAGUGAAAGUCGAUAUAUCCAGACUCACAGUUUUCCUGAGACGCAGUUCUUUGGCGUGACAGCCUAUCAAAACACUGAUGUCACACAACUAAAAAUCGACUACAACCCAUUUGCGAAAGGCUUCAGGGAUAACUAUGACAACUUGUCACCACGGGACAUCAGUAUUCUUUCGAAUGGUCCUCGGUCAAAGAACGUGACAGUCAGUAGGAACUCCUGUCCUGCACCGGUAGUUAACGCAGCCAACAUCAACAUGGGACAGUAUCCUGCGGCACACUCUCACCAGACUGCUCACUAUCAGCAUCCGCACCACCACCAAUACCACAACGCCCACGCCCACUAUCGGCCACCCCCGCAUCACCAACCCCACCACCCUCACCUUCGAUUCCCUACAUUCCACCACCGACCAACGCAGUUGGCCCCAGUAUGCAGCAUUGGCCAAUCUUCAGCCGAAUGCACCGGACCGACGGGUGGGAAUUUCCGGCUUCCAAACCCCGAAGAGACCGCUUUCAAGCUUGUGGGAAAUGCCUCGAAUCUGAGUCGUCCCACCUUCGUCCCGAUCAGCCCACCGCACUCGUCGACAUCUUCCCCGAAGCCGUUUCCGAUUCCAGUGCCUACCUCGCUCGCUUCAAUCGUUGGCCAGGACUCGCUCUGUGGGACGGAACACGAAAUGCAGCAGCAGCAGCAUUGUGACUCCCAGCUGCCUUCCCCUUGCGACUCAACCUCCGCUAAUGGAGACACCAAAACCAUUCAUUAUCGCUCUUCUGCAGGAAUGAUUAAUCUUUCAAACCCAUGUGAUCCGACGCCACAGGUAGAUAUUCCUCAUUUACCCGACAUGCACACGCCAACUACUUGUCAAGAUACCCAGAAGUUGCUGGACAGGCAGGACAUGUCAUGGCUCAAUACUCCACCUUCCUCGGAUUGUUCGCCCGAUUCCAAGUCCAACUCUAGCGACGGUGGGAGUCGGGCUGCGAAGCGACAGAAGAUGUCAGAUGAGCAGCUCUCGGAAGGUAUCUCUCCAAAGCUGACAGAUCUCGGAGACCAACAUAAUAGUCCUUCCUCUUGUGAGUUUACAUCUACCACAGAUCAAAGCUAUAUCAACCAAGAGGGCGCCAAACAGCUCUACCCUCAGAGCAUCGUGCACACACAGCCGGGAGCACCCAAUCAAGCGUUUCAGCCGUAUGGUAAUAUGUACUUUCCGGCGCAGAGUUUCUCUCCAUUUCCUCCUCAGCCAUCGUGUAUGAGUGGAUACAGCAUUCCCCCGUCACCGUACAAUCACAUCAAUAACAUGCUGUGUCAUGGCCAGUCAUAUCCAAGUGUAUGACCAAGGAGAUUUAGUAUAACGUUUAGCGGAAUCCGUUGUUACAUAAGUAUCAUACCUCGGACAAAAACCACAAACUGAGAAAGAGCUGGUUGAAUAUUUGUCAUUUGUUGUUAUUGCCAGAUAGUUUUAUUGCAGUUCUAACAUGCGCUAGAGCUAAACCUCCAUAAAUAUUGACUUAAGUCAUGAGUUUAGAAAUGUAAGUUUCUCUUGCCUUUUGUGUUGAUAUGGAUUUGAAAAUAUCAACGAGACUGACUGUUGUGUGUAUUGUGUCCUACAAAGAAAGAUGUACUUUAUAAACGUCCUAAAUUUAUGUAAUUGAUAGUAGAUUCUGAUAGUGAAAUAGAGAGUCGUAGAAACAUUACAAGUGACUUAAAAUAAUAUUGAUCAUGGAUCAUGAGACUAAUUUAAUUUCAAGGUCCAUUGAAUUUUUUUUUAAUGUGAUUAUUCACGAUGUCAGAUAUAAUGACAAUUAUACCAGGUCCAUAGUUCAAAUCAUUAUUGCUUUUCAAGAAGACAAGUUUCAUUCGCGUGUUCUGGCAACAACUUAUAUAUUGAAAUGUAGAACCAUUCCAUUAAUGAGUAAACAUAGUGUUUGAAAAUCUGAAUAUCAAAGCGUGGUUUAAAUAAGAGUUCAUUAAAUUAAUCCAUUCGACUUUUAAGAAUUAUUGAACGUAAAAUUUUACUUAGAAUUUUUAAAAAUACGCGUCACACCAAAGGGUGUCUAGAUGUAGAAUCGGUUGUCAAAGCAAAGUGACAGGUAUAUUUUUAUCGAAACACCAGCAAUUCUAGACAUAAGGUUGUUGAAACACAGUGAAUGGUAAACAUAAUGUAUGGCUGUCGAAACAUAAAGAAUUCUCGACAUAAGGUUGUCGAAUCACAAAGAAUUCUAGGUAGAAAGUUGUCGAAAUACAAUGAAUUUUAGACAUAAGCACUAGCGUACCUAAGGGGGGGGGGCAGGGGGUAGACUGCCCCCCCCCCCUGACGAGUCACAACUCAUGCAGGGGACGUAUCCCUGCCCCCCUGCAGAGUCAAAACUGAUACAGGGGACGUGGCCCCUCCUUUUGAGAAGCAAAAUUAAUAAUUUGUAAUGUAAAAAUGCGAUAAAAAUAGACGUGUACCCCCUCUUUUGAACCUGAAGACCUUUUUUUGUACUUGUCAAUUUUUUUGUGAUAAGAAAUCCUUUUUUUUUUUGCUUGUCAAUUUUUUUUGUGGAAAGAAAUCCUUUAUUUUUGGUUGGAGAGCUUUUUUUUUUUGCUUGUCAAAUUUUUUCGCGGACGAAAUAUCCUCCAAAAAUUUGCACCCUUCUGGAAAAUCCUAGGUACGCCAGUGGACAUAAGGUUGUUAAAAUAUAAUGAAAGGUAGAAAUAAGGUUAGGUUGUCGAAACACAAAGAAUUCUAUACAUACGGUCGUCGAAGCACAAGGAAUGCUAAAUAAAAAGUUGUCGAAACACACGGAAAUAUAGUUACAACGUUGACGAAACACAAAGAAUUCUAGACAUAAGGUUAUCGAAUCAGGCGUCAUUUUACAUAUGAGGAUGUCAAAAUACAAGGAAUUCUAGACAUAAUAUUGUCGAAGUAGAAGUCAGUUUACAUAUAAAAUUUUCGAAACAACAAAUUAUAGACAAAGACAUACGUAAUGUCUAAGGAGAAGAAAUGAUUGUUAAAACGAAGAUGACGCAGUAUUGAGGUAUACAUCGAAAGUGAAAGGUGACGAAAUCUUGUACCAAACGCUGGGGUGUCAAAAAGGCGUUUUUUAUAAUAAUAAUCGUUAAAUCUGGGUUGAUAAAAAUAUAAUACCAAAUAAGGUGCUCUCUAAAUAUUAGGCCAAUUGCAUGCACAAGGGGAGGGGGGCUUUGAAGUCAGUGAAAAACUCACUGUUGUUAUUUUUACAUUAAUUCACGUGCAAUACGGAGUGUAAGAUUAAUGUUUUUGAUAUUACUAAAACUGUUCUUAAAUCUCUUAUUUUGUUUGUCUUUACGUCAAUUAUCAUCUUGUUUAACUUGAUAUUUCCUAUUAUUACAUUCCAACGAUGAUAUUGAUUAUAUGCCAAUGUAUGUAAAAGACGUUUUUAUCAUCUCACCGCCAUCUAUCGACAAAAUGAUUUUAUGUCGAUUUUCAAAGAUUGUUUUAGUGUUGAAAUGAUCAAUACUUUUAAUGUGAACUUGCCAUCAGAGUUGUACAGAAAUCAUGAUGCUCCAUUGUUCGAUGUAAAGUGUUUAUGGAAUUGUUUAAGUGUUUUUUUUUAAAUAAAUUUCUAAAAUUAUUCUUAAA